CCCAUAGAGCGCAGCAUGAGCGCUCCGCAGCAAAAAGGAUGUGUGAGCAGGCAGCGCGCUACUGUAGGGACGGAGUCCACAAACUGCUCAACAAAGAACAAGCCAAACUUCGAGCGCAGGAAAGCCGCGAGCAGCCGAACCCCGUAGCCGGUCAGGACAGCGAGUCCGCGACGGCAGCGCAGUCCGGAAACAGCGGAGCCCAGCCCGGUGGAAUCGACGGGCUCGUCCGCUGGAUCGUCACCAAAAUGAGCGACAACAAGAACAUCUCCAGCCGGGAGUACGCCUCCAGCAAGGAGGACGUGGCCGUGGCUCAGGAGCAGUUCUUCGCCCCCGAGCCGCGGAGAGGCAUUUCCGUGAUUUUGGAUAUAUUCAGAAGAGCUGACAAAGAUGAUGAUGGGAAGCUUUCUCUGGAUGAGUUUCAGGCUUUCUUCUCCGAUGGCACCCUGAACGAGGAAGAACUGGAGAAGCUGUUUCACACCAUCGACUCUGAUAACACCAGUAAUGUUGACACAAAGGAACUCUGUGACUACUUUGCCAAGCACAUGGGGGACUACGAGGGAGUCCUGGCCUCACUGGAAACCCUCAACCUUUCCAUCCUCAAAGCCAUGGACUUCACCAAAAAGGUUUACGAGAAAGGAAGCAACGUGGAGCAGUUUGUGACCCGUUUCCUUCUGAAGGAAUCAUCCAAUCAGAUCCAGUCUCUCCUGAGCUCCGUGGAGAGUGCCGUGGACGCCAUCGACGAGCAGCACACCCAAUCACGUCUGCCUGCCAAAGUGAGUCCACGGAUGUCAGAGAGGCGCAACGAGAACGCCGUCCCCGACUAUCCCCCCAACAACAGAGUCAGCGCCGGAACCAUCAACACUGCCUCAGGCGCAGUAGAGGUGAGGAAAGAGGGUCUGGACACUCAGAUCAACCGGCUGGCUGAGCUGAUUGGACGCCUGGAGAACAAGACUGUCUGGCUUGAUCUGCACCAGAGGCUAACAGACACAGAUGGUACUACCAGCGCAUCCUUGCUCCUCAUUCGUCACGAGAUGGUGGUUUCCCAGAAGAAGCUCGGCGACUUCUGUGACGCUCUGAAGCAAUAUCUGAAGAAUGUCUCCGCUCAGAGAGACUGCUUUCAUGUGACUGCGGUGCGCCUGCCGGACGGUUUAUCCUUUGUCGUCUAUGAGUUCUGGGAAGGAGAGGAGGAGUGGAAGAGGCACCUCCAGUCGGCCCCCAACAAAGCCUUUCAGCAUGUGAAGGUGGAUACACUGUGCCAGCCGGAGGCAAUGUCCUCAGUAGCCGUGCCAGGUCAGUUGAGAAAUACUACAGAAGAACUUUUGCUAAUAGUCAAAGGAGCUGUCUGGCGAUUUUAAACGUUGGGUUCAGUC